AUGUUCAAAUUUAAUUUCGAUAUCGCCGACUGCGACGAAUAUCCCAAUUCGGAUCCUCUGGACGCACCUGUGAGCACAACACCUGAUUCACACAGUGCACCUUCAGGGCCGGCUAGCCUGAAUAAACCCGAGGCCAACUGCGUGGAACACGAUCUUACAAGUCUUCUGCACACUCUUCCAUCUGUCAUUUCAUUCUCUCCCCUCGUGAUUCCGCUUCCGUCUGGCAAUACAAGCGACGUCGUCAAGCUUGCCCGAAGAGACCUUUUUGAUGCGCGUUUCCAGCUGAUAUCACAAGACGAUGUCAAUAAAGGCUGCACUUCGCGUGGCACGGAGUUGAGCGCGGCAGAGAAGGAUCUCGAGUUCAUAGAUACUCCCUCAGAUCUAGUUCCAGGGGUUUACGAAGGCGGUUUGAAAACUUGGGAUUGUGCACUCGACCUUGUUGAUCAUCUUCACGAUGCAUUCGGAGAUGCCACUGAAUGGUGCUUGGAAGGCAAACACAUCUUGGAGCUUGGUUGUGGAACUGCCGUCCCAUCAUUGUAUAUUGUACAUCGACUGUUCUCAGGCAGCCCACCUUCGAUAGAUGCUGAUGAGAUUCUUGUGCAUCUCCAAGAUUUCAACACACUCGUCCUUCAGCUCGUGACGCUACCAAACAUCAUUCUCGCAUGGUAUAUGUCUCCCGCCUCGCUGCCUUUCCGCGCCACCCCUACAACAGAGGAGCUCCCCCCUGCGGAACCAACGGAGCCUGGUACCCUGCCCCUCACACCAUCUCUCAUAUUGGCGUUCCUCGAGUCGCUCAAGACAUAUCAUCUGCAACUCAAGUUCUUUUCUGGUUCCUGGGAGUGCUUUGAUGUCGGCGCAACGCGUGGCGGAUAUGACAUUAUCUUGACAUCUGAGACGAUAUAUCGCCUAGAUAGUCUGCCGGCACUCAUACGCGUAAUGCGACAGGCAUGCUUGGAAUGCCAUCCACCGUCUCACCUGGACUUCGGCGAAGAGACAUCUGGAACACAUGACUUGGAGAAAUCCACCUCGGGGCUAUCGCUAGAGCCUACUUCAGAAAGUGGUCCUCCAUAUGUGUGUCUUGUUGCUGCGAAACGCGUAUAUUUCGGCGUUGGUGGGGGUGUCGCUGAGUUCGUACAGGCCGUAGACUUAGCGGGUGGAAAAGUGACAAUGGUGUGGGAGCGACUGGAGGGCGUGAAGAGAGUAGUGAUGAAAAUAAUUUGGGUUUAA